CCUUUUGGAUCUGCAUGCCCUGGGUUCUGCCCGCGCAGACCCCCGUGCUCUGUGACUUCCUGGAGAACCACUUCCUCGAUGAGGAGGUGAAACUCAUCGAGAAGAUGGGCGAGCACCCGGCUAACCUCCGCAGGCUGGCCGGCCCCCAGGCUGGACUGGGCGAGUAUCUCUUCCAGAGGCUCACUCUCAAGCACGACGAGGAGCCUCUGGAGACCAGCAGCCUUUGCGGGGGCCCCUCUGACAGCCCCCUGGUGCCAGAGCUUGUGCCUCAGCCUCUCCCUGCAGCCACCAGGCAGCUUUUUAACCACCCCGGAGCCCUCUCCCAAGCCGUGGACCAGAUGGAAACAAUUAAGUUUUUUCCCCACAAACAAAACAAAUGGUGGCAAGACUAA